AUGUCCGAUCGUAAAGUGAAAGUGAGGGAGAUUGCUGACAUUCUAAAGAUAUCAGCAGGCAGUGUACACGCCGUAAUACACAAACAUUUGGGUAUGAAAAAGGUGUUUUCCAAAUGGGUGCCGCGUUUGGUCACACCGGCGCAAAAACCACAAGGAAUCGAUGAUUCAAAGAGCUGUUUGGACAUGUUUACGCGCAAUAAGUCGGAGUUUUUGGAUAAAACAUGGAUCCACCAUUUCACUCCAGAGUCAAAUCGGCAGUCUGCUGAGUGGCAUGAAGCCGGUGAAAACCGCCCAAAGCGACCAAAGACGCUGCAGUCGGCUGGCAAGAUUAUGACGUCUGUAUUUUGGGAUGCGCAUGGAAUAAUAUUCAUCGACUAUCUCCAGAAGGGGCAGACAAUCAACAGCGACUAUUAUAUAGCGUUAUUGGAGCGUUUGAAAGACGAAAUCGCAAAGAAACGGCCUCAUAUGGCGAAGAAAAAAGCAAAAUGUUAA